CUGUGUGCCGUUGUGAUGUUCACGUGAUCAGUCCGGUAGUGGUUAUUUCUACAGAGCCGCUUACUUAGAGAUAUAAAAUAUAUGAAAUCGGUGAAUGUAAUUUUAUUUGUUUGACUGACUGAAGUAUUUUACGUACAGUUUGAUUUGACAGCGUGAUUUUGUAAUGCGUGUGCCAUCAUCCUGUCUGCUAAUGGAUGUUGAGGCGAUAUACGGAUCAAAUGAUAUGGACAGUUUUAACAGAUUUGACUGAAAAUAAUCGACGAUCUCAUAGAUUUAAAUAUGGUACGUUACACUGUGUUUCUUUACAAUAUCCUCUCUGAUUCAUGAGCAUAUCCGCUUAGCAUUAGCAUUAGCCGAGGCUGUCAGACAUAUAGAGUCUCAGCUGUACUGUAUACACACACACACACACACACACACACACACACACAUUCUCAUGGCGAACAUGACGGAUCUGCAGAGCAAAUACAGUAAACUGGCUCAGGAGUAUUCAAAGCUCAGAGCUCAGAACCAGGUGUUGAAGAAGGCGGUUCUGGAUGAACAGACGGGCUGUAACUCGCUGAAGGAUGAGCUGAAGCAGAAGGAGCAGAGCCUUCGGAAGGUGGAGCAGGAGAUGGACAGUCUGAGCUUCAGGAACCAGCAGCUGACCAAGAGGGUGGAGCUUCUGCAGGAGGAGCUGCUGCUGUCCGAGAGCAAGAGCCGGAGAAGCAAAAACAAAGGAGACUCGCCGCCUCAAGUUAACCUGCAGGCACAGAAUGUGUUUGAUGAAGAUCUGCGGAAGAAGAUCCAGGAGAACGAAAGGCUUCACAUCCAGUUCUAUGAAGCGGAUGAGCAGUACCGUCGACAGGAAGCUCAGCUGCGAGCGCGACUGGAUCAGCUGGAGAAAGAGUCUGAGCAGCAUCAGACUGUAGUGGAUGCUCUGACCAGCAGAUACAGCGACACCAUCGAGAAGCUGCAGAGCGACAAAGCUCGCCUCGAGGUGACUGCUCAGACCCUGGAAAGAGAAGCCAAGGACUGUCGGGUCAGAACUGAAGAGUGUCAGCAGCAGCUGAGGAAGUAUCAGAGUGAAGUGAGCAGUCAGUUAAAGCACAGCAGCAGUUUGAUCCUGGAGAAAGUGCCCUUUAAUGACACCCAGUCGAGUGACUACAACAGUCUGAACGUUCCUCUGCACAACAGACGGCAUCAGCUGAAGGCUCGUGAUGUGGCGGCUCAGGCUCUGGGCUUCCUGCAGAAUCUGGUGUCGGCUCUGCUGAACUUCCACUCCUACACCGAGCAGAGAGUGCACAUCUACCCACUCGACUCGUCCAUCGAGGCCGUCUCCCCCGUCAACCAGAGGUUCUCACAGUAUCUGCACGAGAACGCGUCGUACCUGCGUCCACUAGAGGAGGAUUUACUGCAGAUACACCAGAGCAUCACAGAGGACGCCAUCACUGUCCUGGAAACUCUGGCCAAACUGCAGGACUUCUCCAGAUCCUUCUCCGCCUACAGCAGCUUCCUGCAGAAGAUCCUGCCGUACCAGCUCAAGAGUCUGGAGGAGGAGUGCGACGCUUCUCUCUGCACGGCGGCGCUGACGGCCAGGAACCAGCAGCUACAGAACGACAUGAAGAAGCUCUCGGCCGUCUUCCACAAACUCAAGUCUUACGUGGCUCUGCUAGCCGUGCCCAGUGUUCGCUCGGAUGCCAUGUGUCAGAGCAGCGCUAACGCCGUGUUCACCCAGAUGAGCGCGAGCUUGCACAGCCUCCACGACGUCACCACAGAGCUGUGCACACACUACAGUCAGAAGGUUUCCCUGGAGCAGGAGCUGCCGACCGCCACACAGAAGCUGCGCACCACCAACGAGUGUCUGCUGGCGUCUCUGGCGGCCCUCACCAGCAGCUGCGGCAAGAUGGCCACCUUCUUCAGCAACAGCCUGGAUUUCCUGGCGUCGUGUCCCGGCUACGGUCCGCGAGGAGGCGUCCUGAACCCGCUGCAGGCCCACAGCGUGAUGGAGAACAAGAGGCGCGCCGCCACAUACAUGAGCGCCAUCAGGAAGGUCAGAUCAGAAUCGGUGCCGUACAGAGAAGCUUUAGCAAACCGACAUGUUCUGACGAGCUCUUCUGAGAGUCGAGAGGGACUCAUGCAGCAGGUUGUCCAGAGUCAGGAGAAGAUGUGUCGUCUGGAGCAGGAGAAGGAGCACUGGCUGCUGGAGGCUCAGCUGGGUCAGGUGCGUUUACAGAAAGAGACUCAGCGCAUCGCUCAGCUGGAGGCUCAGAUCCUCGCUGGGUUUCCAGCAGAACCACACAGCGCCGCUCAGAUCCUCUCCGGGGCUCCAGCAGAACCACACAGCCCCGCUGACGGACACGGUGCUGCCCGUCCUGAUAGUCCAGAGCCCGUCCAGGACACCAGCCUGGUCGGCAUUUUAACCAUCACGUCCUGCGGCGAGAGCGCUGCAGAUCAGGAAUCUCGUGAGCAUCUGAUCAAAACUCAUUACAUGAGCCGCGUUUCAGAACUGACUUCUCAACUG